AUAAAAAAUAAAAAUAAAAAUGUAUAGGUAGUGAAUCUUCGCUUCACUUCAGCGAGUCGUCCCCUUUCCCAAUCUACUACUACUGCCGCCACAUUCUCACUAUUCCACUGCUACCGUGCUGCAAACGUUUUUCAUGGAGGAGGGCGAUAUAGUGGCCACUCAUGGCGUCGACCACUCGUCGUCGUCGUCGUCGUCCUCCUCUCUUCUCAGACUCAUUUCGCCAUCAAAAGAUUGAACAUCUGAACCUACAACGGAUUGACGAAGGAGUUCUUUACGUGGAUCCUACUAGUAUGGAUACAAGUUGUGCUCUUCAAGUGCCAGCCAUAAGUGCUUCUUCCAAGUGCAGUUCUUCUUCUGCUGCCUUUUCUCGUGGAUUGAGCUUCAAGAGUACAACAGUCGUAAAUGACGGGGAGAGAAGCUCCCUUCUAAGUCCAGAACUUGCUGGAAAACCGGAGAGUAGGUCAUGCACUGAAACUACUGCGAUUGUAAAUAUAAUUUCCACAUUCUCAUGGAAAAGAUGCGCAUCUCUUCCUGCUUCACCAUCAUCAAGCUUGUCUCCUACAUCAAAGUGUGCUAAAGAGAAGAUAUUUGAUGAUCAGCCGACGUCCCAGAAACGAACAGUUCAAACACAUGUUUCACGAUCCUUGUCUCUACCAUUGCGAAAUAUUGUUAUUGUAAGAUCUGGAUCUUUACCUACACAAAAACAGGUUACACCAGAACAUCCUCAAAACGGUCACUUAAAUGCUGCUGCACAUUCGGAUGAUAAUGAUGAGGAGAUUCCGGAAGAAGAAGCAGUUUGCAGAAUAUGUUUAAUCGGGUUGAAUGAAGGAGGGAGUUCGCUUAAAAUGGAAUGCAGUUGCAAAGGCGCUCUAAGGCUCACGCACGAAGAAUGUGCAGUAAAAUGGUUUAGCAUAAGAGGCAACAAGAAAUGUGAAGUGUGCGGCCAAGAGGUUCUUAAUCUACCAGUAACAUUGUUACGGAUGCAGAGUUCCUCUCCAAGGGGUGGUGCUCAACAACAACACCUAAUACAGAACCCAAACUCGCCAUUGACGAGAACCGGGCAUGAUGUGGUUGUGUUGAUCUUGAUAAGUACGAUGUGUUACUUCUUCUUCCUCGAACAGCUACUGGUCGAUACGAUGAGAACUCGUGCCGUUGUGAUUGCUGCUCCAUUUUCCUUGACACUUGGCCUUUUGGGAUCAUUUUUUUCAGUUGUCGUCGCAUGCAGGGAGUAUGCUUGGGCCUAUUCAGCCCUUCAAUUCUCACUUGUCGUCAUAUUUCUCCAUCUCUUCUAUUCUGUGCUUCAGGUAAAAGUGAUUUUCGCAAUUCUUUUAGCUGCGUUCGCAGGAUUCGGCCUUGCGAUGGGAAUCAACUCAUUGUGUCUUCAAUUCUUUUCUUGGAGAUUUCGAACUAUUCAAGCACAGAUGAAUGCAAGCCCAGCAUAAAAAAAAAAAAAAA